AUGGCGCCCGGCGAAUUUGACAGUCCUCCGGUCAAGCUGAGUGUUGGGUCGCGCUGCUUUAUCGCGGCCGACACGGACCUCCGCGGCGACAUCGUCAUUGGCAGCGGCUCUGUCAUUCACCCCAAGGCGAUUGUGCAUGCGCUCAACGGCACAACGAUCGAGAUCGGGCGCGACUGCAUCGUCGAAGAAGGCGCUCAGCUCGUCUGUCGAAUUGGUGCAUCUGGCGCGCCGACGAGGAUGGUCGUGGGUGACUCGAACUUGUUUGAGGUCGGGUGCAGAGUCGAGGCGAGGCAGGUGGGAUCGAGGAACACCUUUGAGCCAAAGUGCCGGGUGACGGACCUCGUUGCGAUUGGGGACUUCUGCCUAGUGGGUGCAGGGUCCGUCGUCGUUCCGCCUCCAACAUGGACACCGCCAGAGCCAGAACAAAGGCAGGGCCAGGAUGAGGAAGGGAAGAAGGAGCAGGAGGCGGAGCCAGGGAUAUUCAGAUUGCCUGAUCGGACCGUCGUCUACGGCGAAGAGUCGAGAUGGAGAACGUGGAGCGGCGAGGGCGUGCGGCAGGCUGAUGCACUCCACGCAAAGCAUCUCGACUACCUCCGACUUAACCUGCCUAAAUUUCACAAGCUCCGGCUCAUUCAAUAG